UGUGCGAACACGGAACACGUGAGCAGUGAUUCCUUGUAGGAGGACGGUUCUGUUGUUUACUUCCUUUUUUCUCUUCAACAAUGUCUAAAGUUAAUCAUCUGAGAGAGUUUAUUGGUCAGCGACUAACAGCAGCUGCUGUAGAAAUAUUCUCAGUGUUUGAAAAAACCAUCUUGGAGUAUGAAGAAGAGCUGGACCGUCAGCGCAGACUGUUGGACCUCGCCUGGAAACCUGAAAUAAGACUAAACAGAAUCGAUGUUUGUAAGGUGGAGGAGGACGGGGAUGGGGUUUUCAGUGACCAGCACCUGGAGAGGAGCUGCAGCCCGGACCAGGAGGAACCAGGGAAUCCACAGACUACAGAACUGGAGGAAGACUCCAGCGUUCAGAAGAUGAAGCACAAGGAAGUAGAGGUGGAUGUCUCAUUGGUCAAUCUCGCUGAUGAGAUAUUUGAAAAUGGUGAAACAGGACCGGAUCGUGGCCAGCUGCUGUUUGCUUCUUCUGAAGCUCGAAACAAAGAUGAGGAAGGAACUGAAAGAUUACGCUCAGACUCCAGUAAAACUGCAGAUCUGGAGCCAAUGAGACGGCACGGUGACCACGAAGACUCUGCUGUCCCGUCAGACAGCAACUGUAAAUCAGAGCUGACCAGCACCCACACGGGGAAGAAGGCAUUUUCUUGUAGCUUUUGCAGGAAAGAGUUCAGUAAAAGGUGUGUUUUAGUGGAACACAUGAGGAGCCACACUGGUGAAAGGCCGUACCUGUGCAACACCUGCGGAAAAGCCUUUACUCAAUUAUCAGCUCUUAAACGGCACAUAACCCUGCACACGGGCGAGAAGCCCCACAUCUGCGAAACAUGUGGCAAAAGUUACAGGCUACGUUCCAGCCUGCAGAUUCACUCGAGGUCCCACACCGGCGAAAAGCCGUACCUGUGCAACUACUGCAACAAAACCUUUACUAGUUUAUCAAAUAUGAAACGCCACAUAACCACGCACACGGGCGAGAGGCCCCACAUCUGCAAAACAUGUGGAAAAAGUUACACAGAUUAUUCAACCCUGGUGGUUCACUCGAGGACCCACACCGGAGAAAGGCCGUACCUGUGCAAAAUCUGCAGCAAAAGCUUUAUUAGCUCAUCAAAUCUUAAAGGCCACAUGACCACGCACACGGGCGAGAAGCGGUAUUUGUGCAUGACGUGCAACAAAGGUUUUAGCUUCAGAAGUGAUUUACUGAGACACAUGAAAAAUCACGCGGAAGAGAAGUCUGGUGAUUCGUGAUAAAUGGAGCUCAUGUUGUCCUCCGGGGUCCACUCCUGUCUGACCCACAGAAGAAGAGACGAAUAAGUCCGACCACCACCUGCUGUGGCUGAUGAGUAGGGGUGUAACAAUAUAUCGUGCCACGAAAUUUCUCGAUACAAGAACGCCACGAAACGUGUCGUGGAGGGGACAAAGUGUAUCGCAAUAUUGGGUUAUUAAUAUUAAUCCAUUGUGUUGACUAGUAACGACCGCGCCUCGACCUGCGGACCAAAAUCCUACUACGCUCAGAAGAAAGUAGUACCUUUUUGUGGUCCCGAUCACGGGGCUCUUGCAGGGUUUUGAGCUCUGAACUUUUAAGUCUGGUGUAGAGUUAAGCCAUACCUUAUUAAAUUUAAUCUUUUUUCGGGUCGUGAGUAGGAUAAACACGGGACAACUUCUGCUGAGUUCCAGUGGACUUUAAUGUCCCUCAACAGUGUAGGAUUUUAGAACAUCAACACAGCACCUAGUGCCGUACUGUGGCGUAUCACUCCGCCCAAUCUAAAACAGACUAAUCACUACAGAUAAACUGACUAGUGUCAUUAUAGUCCCUGAUUUACAGAAUAUAAAGAAUAUAUUUAUAAAAUAAUGAACCCUGAAUUACCAAAAUAACCUUCUUAACAAAAAUAAAUCUCCUCUUACACUUAUAAGGUGAGCAUGAAUCAAUCUUGUUUAUGAUGUAAAAUUGUAUGUUAUUAUUUACUUUUAUUUAUUUAUUUAAUUUUAGUUGUUACAUUUCUGGAAAAGAAAAAAGUCAAAUCAUACAUGAGAGAAACUAUUCAGUUUGUGGAAAAAUAUUUUUAUUGUAUGAAACUGAAGAUGCAUAAUGCAAACCUGACAUUUACUUUUAGUUCAGUUUGUGGAAAAUGGUUGGCCUGAGUUUCUCUUUAAAACUUAAACAGUUAUAAAGCAUUACAAACUGUAACAACAGGGCAAAUGCAUAGCAUUGUUUGGUAUUUUGUCUUUCAAAUAAAAUACAAUUUCAGUCAUAUGUUCCUCAUUCAAGGUUAUUAAAAAAAUACUGCAAUAAUAUCGUAUCGUUAUCGUGACCUCAAUAUCGUGUAUUGUACCGUAUUGUGAGAUUAGUGUAUCGUUACACCCCUACUGAUGAUGAGCCUAAUCCCCUCCCCACAAGGGUUGCAGGUUCAAUCCGGAUUUAUGCUUCUCCGUCAACUUGACGCAGCAACGACGUGGUUGUGUAAUUUUUUUAAAGUUCUGCAUUGAGUUUGUUUGAAUCCCUGCUCCUUUUUAUAAUCGCAUUAUUUGUUGCUGUUGGUAACUUGCCGUCUCCACGGUGCAAAUAAAGAACUGUUAGU